AUGACAACACUGGAGGACGAGGCCUGGCUUGAACUUAAAGCGGAUGAAAAAAUCAAUGAAAUUGUCUCUGAACAUGUUGAAUCAAGAAAAUCGACGCUUAUUGGAGAUAACAUGGUUCGAACGGCAAGUUUUACUGAACAGGUGGCUAUUUCAACCACGACAAUAACUGUAACCUUACCGGUACCACCACCAUCAGCCACUACUACACGAGAAUUAUGGACAAAUAAAGUCGAAUUUCUUCUUUCGGUGAUCGGUUACGUUGUUGAUUUAGGUAAUGUGUGGCGUUUUCCGUAUAUGUGUUAUGAUAACGGCGGUGGAGCAUUUCUUGUUCCAUAUAUGAUCUUUCUAUUUCUCAUUGGAAUUCCCAUGUUAUAUCUCGAAUUAUUUUUGGGUCAAUUCUAUGGUUGUGGUAAUAUAGCAUUAUGGCAUCGAAUAGCUCCAUCGAUGAGAGGUAUUGGUAUAGCAUCAUUUUUUAUUGUCACUGCUGUCACGUUGUUCUAUACAACCAUUAUCGCACAUUCAGUAUUCUAUUUAUUUUCAUCAUUUCGCGAAGAGAUGCCCUGGAGUUUAUGUACUCAUACGUGGAAUACGAAAGCUUGUUCUGAACGUAUGCAUGUCAAUGAUACAUCAUCGACAACUAAUGAAUUCAAAGUUUCGUCGGCCGAAGAAUAUUAUAAUAUAUACAUGUUAGGUAUCGAUCGUUCAAAAGGCUUAACUGACUUAGGUUAUAUCAAAGUCGAUCUACUCCUGUGUCUCAUUGCGAUAUUUGUUUUGAUGUAUAUGUGUAUUUAUCGAGGGGUGAAAAGUACAGGCAAAGCUGUGUACGUAACAGCUACACUGCCCUAUGUUGCUCUAGUCAUGUUAUUAGUUCAAGGACUAAAUUUAAAAGGUUCACGUCAAGGAAUAACUUAUUUUCUUAAGCCCACAUUCGAAAAAUUAAAAGAUAUGAAAGUCUGGUAUUCAGCAGCUAAUCAAAUCUUCUUCACACUUGGUCCCGGUUUAUCUGUUUUAACUACCUAUGGUUCAUAUAAUGUCUCAACAAACAAUUGUUACUACGAUGCCUUGAUAUCAGUCAUCGCCAAUUUUGCAGCAAGUUUUCUCGCUGGUUUCGUUGUCUUCUCUGCACUAGGUCAUAUGUCCUACCGUUUGGGCAAGAGUAUUACAACUGUAGUUGGCGAAGGAGCAAGUAUCUCAUUUAUAGCUUAUCCAGAAAUUUUAGCAACGUUUAAAUAUCCAACAUUCUUCUCAAUCAUAUUCUUUCUUAUGGUUAUUAAUCUAGGCCUUGAUAGUGAUUUUGGUGGUUUAGAAGCCAUGUAUGCAGCGUUGAGUGAUGGAUUUCCUCCAUUGAAACGGCAUCGAAAAUCGGGAAUGUUCAUUAUGUGCUGUUUAUUAGUUUUGGCAUGUUUACCAACAGUCACCUACGGUGGUAACUAUGUGGUGCAAUUCUUGGACAGAUUUUCUACAGGUCCCGCAUUGAUGCUUGUUGUCAUGAUGGAAGCCGUUGCUGCAAGCUGGGUCUACGGUAUUAAUAAUCUUGUCACUGAUAUGCAAAAUAAUCUGGGUUUCGCACCGAGCUAUUUCUUUCGUUUUGCAUGGAAAAUUCUCUGUCCUUCGAUUGUCUUAUUUCUUAUGAUUUUAUCAUUAACAUAUACAGAUCGAUUCGAAUAUGGAACUUAUGUUUAUCCAUUGUGGUCAAUUGUUUUUGGUUGGUCUAUGAACACAGCUUUUAUUUUGCCAAUUCCAAUUAUGAUGAUCUAUGAAUUCGUACGGCAUUCGGAUCCGAAAAAAUCCUUCAAAGAACGGCUCUUUUAUCUAUUCGUUCCAACCAUAAAUAGACGAAAAUUAAAGCAACUCCAACUUGAGAGUACGACUUCACCAUCUAUAACUCAUGUCUAG